AUGUUUCGUCGACCAGCUUUGCGUAUUCCACAGUUUGCGCGCUCAAUUGCAGUGCGCAGCAAGGGCCCGUGGGUGUUCCACGAUGAUAUGUCUGCGACCCACGCAGAGACACUGGAUGUGGCCCUCCAGGGCUACUUGGAAGCGCCCCACCGGCCAACCAAGGUCGGUGCGCCGCUGUUGCCCGGCGAUCAUUUGGUCUUUUUCAACCACAGAGUUCCCGAGUCCUCGUUAGGCCGCGAUGGCUACGACGAUGAGCAGUCGCCAAUUGGAGACUUCCCCAACCGGCGGUGGUAUGGUGGCCGCAUCGAGUUCAACAUAGAGUCUGAUCUGAUUCUUGGCCGCCCCGCAGUCUGCACCGAGACUCUGUCGUCGAUAAAGCAGAGCGGUAACAACAAGCGUGUCACUGUGUCUAUUGACCGAACGAUGCGUUCUGUCGACGAGCCUGAGUCCUGGGCAGUGCGCGAGCAGCGGACUUUCUUCUACUUUAACAACGAUCCUGUCCUUAUCGAGCGCCAAUCAAAGCGCCACUUUGCCCCCAAAUACAAAGCAAAGAUCCAGCGUCAUAUUGACCCGUCGCGGUUCCUUCUUUUCCGCUAUUCUGCACUUAAUUUCAACGCUCACCUCAUCCACCUUGACAAGGCCUACACCACCGAGCAAGAAAAGCUUCCGGACGUUGUAGUGCAGGGCCCGCUUAUGGUUACUAUGGUUCUAAGGUGGGUGGCAAACGAUAUACUGGGCAACGGCCGCGUCGUAAAGCAGUUCAGCUACCGCAAUCUCGCUCCGCUCUUCGUCAACGAUCACGCCGUGCUCUGUGCCGCCCCAAUCUCCCCGGAUGUCAUCGAAGUCUGGAUCGAAAACUCUCAGGGCGGUAUGGUCCUCACCGGAUCCAUCGUCAUCGCCUAA